AUGAUCGAGUUUUGGCGAAAAGAUCGAAAGGCCCAAAUAUUGGUGAUCAUGGCGAGUCAGAAUCAGCCACCAAUUCUCUACGAUUGCUAUGCUGUGCAGCCAGUUGACAUCGUUCACGAACCUCCAAUUCUUCAAAAGCUGGUCGUCUCACAAGAUCCUACCCCAACCGAGAAACUCCUCAUCUCAUUGCAGAACAUCAUCAACCAGUACUCCUUGAGACUCAACGAGGUAACCAAGGUGGACGUGUCUGAUAAUUUCGACACACUCCAAGAUCUGUGUCUGUCCGUCGAAAGGCUCCAAACCGAAGCCCAGUCGUCACUGGACAAACGGAAAGCCGAUGUGAAGACGGUAAACAGACAACACGCCGCUUGCGUCACGGUCCUCCAUGACACGAUCAAGUCCUUUCGACCGGCCAGCGAUGUUAGCCCUAUCACGAGAAACAUCGCUGACUGCUCCAAGGAGAUACAGGCACACCUUAGCACUCUGACCUACGCAAUUACUGAUCUCAAGGACCAUGUCGACCAGCUCAACUCCGAUUUAGAUAGACUUCGCUCGAGAGAGCAACAAGCAUGCCUUCAUCGCAACCGGAAUAUCGAGCUCACGGACAAGGUCGUACGCCUGGGGCUCGAAGCAGCGGAACUAAAGGGUACCAAAUCUGACCUAUACUUGCAACUACAGACCUCCGAACACAUGCGGGACAAACUCGAGAAGCAAUUCCCAGAAAUCAUCGAGCAGCUGACCAAUAAUCAAAAGACGACAGUCGAACACUAUGAGAAGGAACUUCGCCUGGCACUAGAUCACCGGUUUGAGUUCCUACAGACCUCCGUUGUCGAUCUCAACGCGAGGAUUGCUACAAAGGAUCUCGAAAACUUUCAACUGAAGAAUCAGCUGGAUCAAGCUUCCACUGUGGCAGAGAAGCUGAGAACAAGUGAAGAAGAGUACAAACAGCAAACGCUCGAAGUGCGCAACCAGCUCUCCACCUUCGAAGAGCAGUCCAACCAUAAAGUCCUUCAACUCCGCAAUCAGCUGUCCGCUCUUGCAGAGCAGUCCACACAAGAAAGGACUAAAUUGCGCAACCAGGUCACCCAGGAUUCCUCCGAUGCGCACGAGCUGAGAAUCUGUAACGCCGAGCUCCACCAUCAGCUCUCCCAAUAUUCCAUCGCUGCAGAGUCGUUCUCGUCAUUUAACAAUGAGCUCCUCAACCAAUUGGACCAGACCAUCACUGUUCUAUCUGAGUUGAAAACAGACAGGCUUGAGCUCCGCAAGCAGCAAUCGCACGAUGCAGAGCUGUCCACGAUGCUCAGCGCCCGACUUCAGCAGGCUUCCGAAGACACAGAGUUGCUCCGAGUACGAAACACUGAGCUCGACGCCCGACUCCAGCAGACCUCCAAAGACGGAGAGCUGCUCAAAGCACGGAACACCGAUCUCGACACCCGGUUCCAGCAGGCUUUCGAAGACAUAGAGCUGCUCCGAGCACGAAACACCCAGCUCAGCAUCAACCUCCAGCAGUCUGCCCACGAUGCAAUGCAGCUAAGCACCCGCGACGAUGACCUCAGCAUCCAACGUUUUCAAUACUCGAAUGAGCCAAACUCACCACCUCCCUUUCCGGGACAUACCACCACGCCAGCUAGGCGCACAUCUCUCGCCGCGUUCUCCCCCGACAACCUCCUCUCCAAGAGAAGGGUUAUCGGUAAGCGUGCGUCGAAAGGCCAAGGGAGUCGAGCCUCGAUCGACAGUGACAGUACACAGUCACGUUCUCCAAGCGAAGUAUCCCUCGUCUCUGAACCUUCCCUUCAACGGCCUAUGGUUGUCACGACUCGCGCAUCCUAUCCGCGGGAUGCAACCACCAUUGGCUGUGUUCGCAUUGACGCACAGGAUGUGGAACAAGGAAGAUGGGCCCCUGGCGUGUCCGGAGACCUCCAAGAGCUGAUCAAGGAUUAUUUGAAGUGGGCUGAGGGACGGAAAAAGAGUCAUCUCCGCCCAAAGGUGGAUCAGUUGAAACUAUCCGAUAUACAAUGUCACUGGCAUGAGCUCGCGCGUGAUGCUCGACAACGGGUCUGUGAAUGGAGAAGGAAUGCAGAUGGGGGCAAAGAUUGCUAUCAUGCUUGCUUGUGUUGCGAGUCUCGUGGGCAGCUUUGCUGUAUUCUGGAGAGCCAAAAUAUGUUGGUGUUGCUGCCAUUGUUGCCCUCUUCCCGGCACGACAAACAGCACGACCUGGGUCCUGGUCACCGUUCUUACUGGGUAAAUGAUGUUCAUUAG